GUCUGCCCGUUGCUUCCAGGGUACUGGGUCUCAGGCCAGUGUGUAGUCAUGCCUGACUUUUAUACAGUUCUGCUGGGGGUCUUGAUCCUUCUCCCUCUGCUGGCCAGUAUUUUCUUCCCCUAUCUUUGGCUGGACCUUUGCUUCCUCUUUACCAUGUGGAAGGGAUACAAGUCCCAAAACUUUAUGCAGGGCAAUCCACCUUUCACCCUCCUGGAUGUUUUCUUAGCCAAGGUCCUGAAACAUCCAGAGAAGCCUUUCAUUCUCUUUGAAGAGGAAAUUUAUUCCUAUUGGGACAUCGACAGACGUAGCAACCAAAUGGCCAGAGUGCUGAAGGACCACGUGAGGCUGAAAGAAGGGGAAACCAUGGCUGUUUUCUUGAAGAACAUCCCUGCCUAUAUCUGGGUCUGGAUGGGCUUGGAAAAGAUUGGCUGUGUCAUGGCAUGCAUCAAUUAUAACAUCCGAUUAAAGUCUCUGUUGCAUGCCUUGAGAUCCUGCAACGCCAAAGUGCUCCUGACAACUCCAGAUUUAAAAUAUGCCAUUGAAGAUGUUCUGCCUACUUUAAAGGAUGAAGGGUUACAAGUUUUCUAUCUGAGUGAUGAUUCCCCAUCUGACAGUGUGGAGGCGCUGCUUGGACAGAUUAAAUUGAGCUCAGCUGAACCUGUGCCUGCUUCCUACAGAGCCAAUGUAACAGCUAAUUCUACAUCCCUGUAUAUUUUUACCUCUGGGACCACAGGACUACCAAAAGCUGCUGUCAUCAGCCAAAAGAAGCUGCUGAUGGUGUCCACCAUAUUCUCCUUGUGUGAAAUCAAUGCCAAGGACAUCAUUUACACUCCACUCCCACUGUAUCAUUCAGCUGCGCUUCUUAUUGGAAUUGGAGGAUGCCUGGAGGUUGGAGCUACAUGUGUCUUAGGACCAAAGUUCUCUGUUUCUGGUUUCUGGAACAACUGCAGGCGAUACCGUGUUUCUGUGAUCCAAUAUGUGGGAGAAACAAUGCGCUAUCUAUGUAAUGCACCAAAGAAGGACAAUGACCGUGAUCAUAGCGUGAGACUGGCCAUAGGAAAUGGCAUGCGGAGAGAGGUCUGGAAAGAAUUUCUGUGCCGAUUUGGAUGCCUUAAGAUCUAUGAGUUCUAUGGAGCUACCGAAGGGAAUCUUGGCUUCAUUAACUACACUGGGAAAGUUGGAGCUGUAGGAAGGACUAACUUCCUCCAUAAGAAACUGGCAAAGUUUGAAUUAAUUCAAUACGAUAUUGACCAGGACGAGGUUGUGAGGAAUGAAAAAGGAUACUGCAUCCCGGUGGCCCCAGGUGAAACAGGUUUACUAGUGGUCAAGAUCACUCAGAAGACUCCCUUCCAUGGCUAUGCGGGAGACCCUCAGAAAACAAAGAAGAAGAUUCUCCAGGAUGUCCUAGAGAAAGGAGAUAGCUACUUCAACAGCGGUGACCUCUUGAUGCAAGACCACGAUGGCUUUAUAUAUUUCCGGGACCGAGUGGGAGAUACUUUCCGAUGGAAAGGGGAGAAUGUGGCUACUACAGAACUUGAGACAACCCUUGCCAUGCUGGAAUUUAUUCAAGAAGUCAAUGUAUAUGGAGUACCUGUGCCAGGGCAUGAAGGAAAGAUUGGGAUGGCAGCCAUACAACUAAAGGAGGGGGAGUCCUUUGAUGGAAAGCAAUUGUAUGCACACACCAAGAAUUACCUGCCAAACUAUGCAAUACCCCACUUUGUCCGCAUCCGGGAGGCCCUAGAGAUCACGGGGACUUUCAAGCAGUGCAAAAAUCAGCUGGUGAGGGAAGAGUUUGACCCUAUCACCAUCAGAGAACCCCUCUUUUUCCUGGACAACUCAGAAAAGAGUUACGUGCCACUGACUCCGGAGAUCUACCGUUCCAUCACAGAGAAGAAGCGGAAGUUCUGAAAAGGACUUCAAGAGAUAUCAUGCCAUCAUCCCUUGGUGGCAUAGCAACCCAGGAACAUUACAGCUUGGUGCUUCUCAACUUUACCUAAGAAUGGAACAGUAACCUCAGAUGAUGAUGGUGGUGGUGAUUUUAAUUUGCCAGUCUGGGAUAUCUAUCUUGCAUACCACAUUUGGGGACCUUUAGAAACAUUCAUUUAAUUUUACUUCUUUUGCUUUCCCCUAUAAAAAGCCCUUCUGUGCCCACAUGAGCUGCUUGCUCUGCAGUAGUUGGAUUACUAUGCAGGGAAUGUGCAUAUGCAUUAUAGGGUGUGUGAAACAGGCAUCCUCUGCCUCAACAGUGUGGCAGACAAUGUGUUCCACCUGAGUGCUUCACUUUGCAUAGCAAAGGCCAUGUGCUCUGCCUGGGAAGGAACUGCUGGUUUCACCUUAAAGGAAGCUUCAUUCACCUUCAGCAUGAAAGGAUAACACAGAUCUCCUGCUCCACUUGCUUCUUGUAACACACAUGCAUGCAGUUAUUGGUACCUAUACAGGUGUUGAAAGUCUAAUGGAGCCAAAGGCCAGGUGGGGAACCUGGAAUCUAUUUUUAGAAACCAGAAUUGAUGUGAUUGUUUCUCAUGGUCAAUUUUUACAUGUAUUACAAGGAAUCAUCUCAUGUUAGUUAUGAACCUGUGAUGUCAUGAGCACUGAUGGUGAGCAGGAGGGGGCCCCUAUCCAGGGGGGAAAACGCAUGCGUAGUUGCGAGGAAUUGAGCAGUCAUUCAAAGAGACACAAAACAGACCCGCCUUGACUUUUGGGGUUUAUCUGUCUGGUUUUUCUCACGCUUCUUCAGUUUGUUAGGAUUUUCUGUCUACUGUAGCAGUAAUAAAACACUAGAGACUUAU